AUGCCUAUUAUAUUUCCGCCAUUGGCGGUGCUCCCGCAACUAACGCUCCACCCAUCCGUGAAUGCCGACCACCUCGACGUGGCCAAGAUCGUCAACGAUUGGCUGUUUUCCUUUACAGAGAAAUUGUCCAGCGGCCAGCAAAGCAACAUCUCAAGCCUCUUCCUCGAAAAAGAGUCGUGGUUUCGAGAUUUCGUCUCUUUCUCGUGGGAUUUCGCAUCCCAUAAUGGCGCAGCGGCUAUAUGUGAGUACCUAGCCGGUUCGACGAGUGGAUUUGCAGAGCCCAAAGCGGAUCAGCCCGGCGCAUUGCGACCGCAACUUGUGGAGAUCGGUGGGUUGCAGUUCGUCCAGGCUGGGUUCAGCUUCAGAAAUACUUUUGGUACCGGGAGGGGCGUUCUGAGAUUGGCUAAUGUGGAACCGGAGGAGUGGAAGGCUUGGACGGUGUUUACUGUGCUGGAGCGGUUAAACGGCCAAGAUGAGCUGGAAGCAACGAGGGCAGAGAAAGCGGAAGCGCAGGCUGGUGCUUCUGGUUAUGGAACUGAGCCGUCCAGCGUCCAAAGCGAUGACGGUGGCCUGCAGGUUUUGGUUGUUGGUGCAGGUCAGUGUGGACUCGCACUUGCCGCGCAUUUGCAAAACCUAGGCCUCAACUAUCUGGUCGUGGACAAAUUUUCGCGUCCUGGGGACUCGUGGCGAGCCAGAUAUGACACCGUAAGAUUACAUACUCCCAUCUAUACGGACCACUAUCCAUUCCUGAAGUACCCAGCCAGCUGGCCGCGAUAUCUUGACCGGGCCCAUGUUACAAAAUGGAUGGAGCACUAUGAAGAGAUCAUGGGCCUCAACGUCAGGCACAGCACCCUUGCAAGUAAUUUUCGUUACAAUGAGACGUCACGGGUGUGGACAGUCGACCUCCAAAGCAAGGACUGUAUACAGACUGUUCAUGCUAAGCAUGUCGUGCUUGCUACAGGGUUGCUGGGCGCAAUCCCGAAUCGCCCCACGUUCCCUGGGGAGGCUUCAUUUAAAGGCCAGAUCCUGCACACCUCGGCGCAUAAAUCGGCGGCGCUGAUGCCGGAGGCCCUGAAGAAGAAGAUCACAAUCAUUGGGUCUGGAACGAGUGCGCAUGAUAUUGCUCAGGAUUUCGUCAACCAUGGGGCGGAGAAUGUAACGAUGGUGCAACGAGGCGCCAUGUAUGUUGUAUCUCGGGAUUCGAUGGAGAGGAUUCAAUUACCGCUGUGGAACACUCCGGGGGUAAGCCUUGAGGAUGCGGAUCUUUUGAGCCACUCACUGCCAAUAGCCGUUGCCCGGACUCUUAGUGUCGGAGAGUCGCAGAUGAUGUCGGCAAAAGACAAAGACAUGUUAGAUGCCCUGGAAAAAGCCGGAAUGGCAGUUAAGAGGGGGGAUGGAGACAGCCUUUUAGAUUAUCAGCUCAUCAAGGGCGGACAUUUCUACGCUGACCAGGGUGCAUGCCAGAUGAUCAUCGACGGGAGGAUCAAGGUCCGGCAAUGUGAGCAAGGCGUCCAGGGGUACUACGAAGACGGGGUAAUCUUGGCCAAUGGCACCAAGAUCGAAUCUGAGGUUGUUAUACUGGCGACUGGUUUUGAGCUCAGUACUAAACUGAUUGAACGCCUCAUGGGCGAGGAUGUUAUGAACAAGGUGGCAAGAAUAUGCACCUUACACAACAGCCAGGAACGGAUUGGGGUAUGGAAACCGACUGGUGUACCGGGAUUCUGGUACAUGACCGGCAGCUUUAUAUGGUCGAGACAGUUCUCUGGCAUCCUCGCGUUACAGAUUGCUGCCAUAGAACGGGGGAUGAACACCGAGUACUACGAGUCGCGGUAG